CUCUCUUCUUUGAUUCAGAAACCCCAGUUUAUGAAGAUAAAAUCCCAAUCCACUCCAACCCAACACCGAAUCAAUCAAAUCAUCCGAAUCCGACCCGAACCCAUCUCCAAAACCCAACUUCUCGACGACCCAUCUCGCCGCCCGCCGCCCGCUCCCUCCCCAUGGCCACCGACGCCACCGCCAAGUUCCAAAACCAGGACUUUCACCCGGUUCCGAAGCCCCCGGAUUACCUCCCAACCCCCACAGUCUCGCCCCACGACGGUCUCCACUUUUGGCAGUUCAUGAUCGCCGGUUCAAUUGCUGGCAUGGUCGAACACAUGGCUAUGUUCCCGGUGGACACCGUUAAAACCCAUAUGCAAGCUCUCGGGUCGUGCCCGAUUAAGUCCGUCGGACUCCGGCAGGCCCUUCGGUCAAUUUUGAAGUCCGAGGGCCCUGCCGGGCUCUACCGCGGGAUUGGAGCUAUGGGACUCGGCGCGGGCCCGGCACACGCCGUCUACUUCUCGGUGUACGAGACGAGCAAGAAGUUUUUCUCGGGCGGGAACCCGAACAACCCGGUUGCCCACGCGAUCUCCGGCGUGUUCGCAACGGUGGCGAGUGACGCUGUUUUUACCCCAAUGGAUAUGGUGAAGCAGCGGUUGCAGCUGGGGACUAGUUUGCACAGCCCGUACAAGGGGGUGUGGGAUUGUGUGCGGAAGGUGUUCAAGGAAGAUGGGUUUAGGGCGUUUUACGCUUCCUACAGGACGACUGUGGUGAUGAAUGCGCCGUACACGGCGGUGCAUUUCGCGACGUACGAGGCGGCGAAGAGGGCUUUGAAUGAGAUUUCGCCCGAGCAUGCGGAUGACGAGCGGUUGAUUGUUCAUGCCACUGCUGGUGCUGCAGCUGGGGGGUUGGCUGCGGUGGUCACUACGCCGCUUGAUGUGGUGAAAACGCAAUUACAGUGUCAGGGUAUUUGUGGAUGUGACAGAUUUAAAAGUGGUUCGAUUACUGAUGUUAUUCAAACAAUUGUGAGAAAGGAUGGGUACAAAGGUCUUCUUAGGGGAUGGGCUCCAAGAAUGCUUUUCCAUGCCCCCGCUGCUGCCAUCUGCUGGUCCACAUAUGAAGCCUCAAAAACCUUCUUCCAAGAUCUCAAUGGCAGUCGUAACAGCGGAACUAUAACCUGAAGAGACUUUCAAAGACAAAUGAGAUUUUUUUCGUUUCAAUUGCGAUACAUCUUCAGCCUGUAUAACUGACGAUCGGAGUUGCUUCACACGAAGGAUAGUAAGCAAGUCAAUCAGAAGUUUUCAGACCUGACUCCUGUCUAUUUAAUGGGCAGUAGUAGUCGGUAAGUUGGAAUCAUUGGUGUGGGUUAAAUUUAUUUGUACUUUUACCAUUGUUGUUUGUUUCAAGUAGGUUUUUUUUCCCGUCUCGGAUUUUGUUCUAAUAAACGUAGAAAUCAAAUGUUUUUGUUCAUUCGUCAGAUUCUGUGUUACAUGAAUGAGACCCUUUGGAAUCCCUUUCAUCAUUGGGUUUCUUGGUGAUGUAUGAAUCAAUCAAUCAGUCAUAAAGUUUUGAAUUA